GCCGGCAGACAGAGAGACAUACAGGCAGACAGACAGGGCGCAGCUCGAGAUGUGCAGGCUGGCGAUCUUCAUGGCGCUUGUGGGGCUGGCCGCGGCCUACCCCUCGCUGCAGGACGCGUUUGAUGCCGUGCUCGUGGGGUCGGGCGACGCGGCGGCCACGCCCAGGACGGGAGAGGUCAACGAGACUGCCUGCCUAGAGCCCGUGCAGCCCGGGGUGUGUCGUGGUGCCAUCAAACGCUGGGCCUUUGAUCAGAACGAGGCCCGUUGCCGCUCGUUCCCUUGGGGCGGCUGCGGUGGAACUGCCAACAACUUUCGGUCGGAGGAGGAGUGCCGGACGCGGUGCGCCCCCCUGAUGGGCACCGAGGUGAGGUGUGCAGAGCUGGACCAGUGUGAAGCUUCCUGCAGCCGCCGGCCCAGCCCUGUCACCGGCUGCCCGGAGUGUUCUUGCGCAGGGAGCCCAGACGACACGUGCCGUCUCCCGAUUGUCAAGGGCCCGUGCAAGGCCGCCUUCGAGCGGUACGGCUUCAGCCUCGUCUCCGGAUCCUGCGAGGCAUUCUUCUUCGGCGGCUGCAACGGCAACGCCAACAACUUCGAGACGCGGGAGGAGUGUCAGCGAGCCUGCGGCGGCGCCUUCUGAGGCACGCCGGGCAGAGAAGGCGGCAUCAGGGCCAAUCUUGGCACCGAAACAGACCGGCUUGAGGACGUGAACGGAUGGCACUUGCGUAGAAUGACGGCGCGGGUGACAUGGAGACAGGAAAUGCUUUUGAUAGCCUCGCACGUGGUACGAAAGGUUGGUACUAUGUGCAUAGUACGAAAAGGAACGCGUCCUUUUAGACUUUUUGCACUUCGUGAGUGUUCUUAAAUUGUUUGCCUAUUUAUGGACUCUAUUUAUUCAUUUUUGUUAAUGAGGCAUACUUGAACUGAUGGUUCAACUGAUGGAUGAUGUCGCAUACUCGAACUAAUAGUAAACUGUGUUGUGACAGUGAGUUAUUCUGCUCUCGCUUGUAACGAGUUUAUGCCACGUACGAGUGUAAAGAAUCACAAGAAGGACAAAUACAUGACCGUGACCAUGCACUCGUCAAUCAUUGCAUUACAUUGUUACUGGACAAUUGUCACGACAUCAGAUGGUAGAAUCGAUACUCCGACAGUAACCCCUUCAAGCCAAACUGUCGGCAAAAGAGCAGGAUGGACCAAGUUGUAACAUCAAAUUCAUAUCAAAUCUCUUGCCCAAAUGCCGUGAAUUUACUCAGCCAUCACCGUUAAGGUAAGAUAGUUCCCAAGACAGUAAGCCUCGAUCAGACCAGAGCUAAAGUAAUAUCGAUUAACAACGGCACGGCGCCGUUACGCAAACAAAAAUGCACUUUUGUUACAGAUCAUGUUAAUCAGGAUCAAGACAGGCCAAACUGAGCACGACAUGCCAUGAAUCUUAUCCUGCAAAAGGACCUAGGAGACUGAACAAUACACCGAGCAGAACGCAUGGAUACACGGCUACUUGACGGGCGUCCAAAAUGGAAGAGCUUCGCACUACAUCGUUAGAACUUCGGGCGUGAUAAAACGGAAGACAAAGCAAAGAAUUUCUGGCAAAAAUAACUGCUCCACGAGGGGGGAAAUUUGAAUUCCCACCGCAAAACCGACCCAAGCAAGUGCAUCGCUGCGAUGCCUGAGGUUGUGGUCCCUGGGUGCCAGGACGGAAAGACGCCUCUCCAGAGCAGCUUAAAAUACGUCUCAUCAAUUAGGUUCCAUCUUCAGCACCAUGGAAGCGGUUACCAAGGCACCAAACGCUGCACCUCAGAAUCUCAGAUUCCUCUCCUCAUUCGAUUGUACGGACGCACAUCAUCGCAACAAACUCUGUCACGCUUCUGCUCAGGCUAACAUCGCCCAAGGGGGUUUAUCCUGUGGUCGGACACCGACCAUCAGCGCGAGUAGGUGACCCGAGCGCCGCCUCGUGACCCGGUCCUCCGCGCGGUUCACCCCCAGCCAGAUUCACUCCGCGCGCGCCGCAGAUCGACUGCUCACAUGUUGGCGUAUUCGCCAGACACAAAGUCCAGCUUUCCCGUGAGGAAGUUGCCGACGGCGGCCGGAUCAUUACUCAUGUAGUACUCCUC